CAAAUCCCACACUCAGUUGAAUCUGAUCUCUGCUGUCAGUCUGUGUGUGAUUUGUCAGUGCGCUGGCGCCCUCUGGCGGAUCAGUCUGCACAUGCGCACAUUACGGAGUGACGCGUUGCGCGCUCCCGCUCCUCCAUCUGCGCGCUCCUGCUGUGCUGACAGCAAAACACGCGUUUUACACUCGGUGUGUCCUCACGACCGUCUGAUUUCACUUCAGGAGGAGUGUGUGUUCAUCUAGAAGUGUUACUGUACUGUCUGAACACUCGCUUCAGUGCUGUUGAUAGACUCGCGGGAGUGACGGAGCUGGACUCUUCUUCUUCCUCAGGACUGAUCGGUCGAUUAGACGAGCUUCAGUGAUCGAUAACAGACUCAGAUGGAGGCGGUCCUGCAGCGGCUGCAGACGCUGACCCCGGAUGAGCUGAGGGUGCAGCUGAGGGCCGCUGGGCUCCAGUCGGGCCCGGUGACACACACCACCAGGAGCCUGUGGGAGAAGAGACUGGCUCGAGCGCUGCUGGAGGAACGCACAGACUCACACACACCGCAUUCAAGUGGAGCACUUCCUGCGGACGAGCCCGAGCAGCCAAUCAGUGUGCAGGAGACACAGGAAGCGAGGGAGGAGAGCUCAGAGACGUCCACUGAGGGGCCGAGUGUUUAUUAUGGGGUGUGUGCUAAUCCAGAUGAGCCCUCAUUACUUACAGGCUCUCCGCUGGUGUUUGUGGAUCAGACGAAGGUGCUGAAGGCUGUGAUGAAGCUGAAAGACGCUCGGUUCAAAGCCUUCGCCAGCAGAGCAGAAGCAGAGAACUUCGCUAAAGGUCUAUGUGGAGGAAGAGUUUCACCAGAGAAACCCAGCACCGCGUCUGUCACAGAUGUAGAGAAGGCUAAUGAGUUCAGGAGUCCGCGCACACAGGAUCUGACGGCUACGCUGCGCAGGACAGUGGAGACCGGAGACCAGCAGGCCUUCAGAGAGCUGGUGUGGACAAACCCUCGCUUCCUGAUCGGCUCCGGAGACAACCCUACUGUCCUGCAGGAGGGCUGCAGAUAUAAUGUCCUGCACGUGGCAGCGAAGGAGAAUCAGGCAGGAAUGGCUCGUCUUCUGCUGGAGACGCUGGAGGACCCGGAGUUCAUGAAGCUGAUGUACCCGCAGGACCAGGAGAACAUGCUGAGCCAGCGCAUACGCUAUAUAGUGGACCUGUACCUGAACACACCAGACAGAGCUAGUAACGAGACGCCGCUGCACUUCGCCUGUAAGUUCGGCUGUCCAGAGGUGGUGAAUGUUCUGUGUUCUCAUCCGUUCAUCGAUAAACACUGCAGGAACAAAUACGACCAGCAGCCGUCCAGUGUGAUCUGUGAGCGAAAGAACAGAAGUAAAGACGUGAAGCAGAAGAUCCUGCAGUAUCUGGAAGACAGGUUUUAUGUGCCAUUACUGCGUGCUGAAGACAACACUCUGCCUCCGGUGAUCGGCGCCCCCUGGUGUCCUGGUGCUCAGGAGUCAUGUGACCAAUCGCUUGAGCAGGACAGAGUCAUGGACAGUCCCAAAAACCCCAUAAUGACCAUCAGGGCUUUCGUUGGGCCUCUGAGUUCCGCAAAGGCAGAGGAGUUUCAGAGACGGUGGAAAACACCGCCGCGGGAGCAAGCCCAAUAUUUCCAUCAGAUCCUGAAGUCUGAUGCAGAGCGCGGAGCAGAGAGAGUGGGCAGAGAGCUGGCGCAUCAGAUGGGCUACACAUGGGCUGAACACUGGGCUUUCCUAAACGCGUUCACUGACCUGUCCAGCAGAGACGGCCUGAAGAUGCUGGAGGAACACCUGAGUUCAGGAAACCCACCACGGACACACUGUCCUGCUGCACACACAGGAGCUGCUGGAGAUGCUGGAGCGGUGCGUCUGCCCGUGUGUGACCUGCUGCAGGAGUUUGAGAAGGUGCUUCAGUGUGGAGAUCAGACUGAUGGAGAGAGCGAAGAUGAGGAGCUGUUUUUCACAGCAGACGAGGACUCUGAUGAUGCGGGAGGAUCCUGGAUCUGCAGACGGGUGGAGCAGGAUCCCUCUAUCAGCUCCUCCGUCAGCUCCUCCUGCUCCUCAUUUAAAUCAACACACAGCACGACUACAGAGCGAGACGCAGCCGAUGUGUUCAUCACUGGUCCUUCUCCCAGCAGACUGGACCACGAGGUUCUGGUGGCACUGAAUGAUGUGCAGAUUGACCUGCACUUGUAUCCCACUGUCAGCAGGUGGAGGAACAGGGUUGUGUCCUAUUCUCCAUCACAGAGACAGAGCUGGCCCGCAGUUUCAGUGCUGACCCCAGAGCAGUGGAGCUCAACGGCUGAUAGGCUGAACAUGUUGAGCGGCUCUCCCAGACUCAGACGCCCGCCUCACUGUGACCAUCAGCUGCUCAUGUUCAGCCCCACAAACAAGACCUACAGACACAUUUAAGCAGAUGUUCAGUCACAAACACUACACUCACACACAAACACACACACACACACACACACACACACACACAUAUACACACAUACAGUUAAAGUCAGAAUUAUUCACCCCCCUGU